AUUCACAAUUGGCAACACGCUUUGUCACUGAAUGACAAUACAAUUUCGUAUUAUUACAACUGUUUGCCGAAAUAAGUGAUUCUAAAAACUUAUAGCUAAGACAAUAAAAUGGCACGUCGUUAUGAUUCCCGUACAACCAUAUUUUCCCCGGAAGGGCGAUUAUACCAAGUGGAAUAUGCCAUGGAGGCUAUUUCUCGUGCAGGCGCUGCUUUAGGUAUACGUGCGCAGGAUGGCAUUGUUAUAGCAGCUGAGUGUCACACCACAAGUCCGUUGCUGGACAACGAUAUUUUCCAAGAUAAAAUUUAUAAAAUUAAUGAUCAUAUUUGUGUUGCUGUCGCCGGUAUCACCUCAGAUGCUAAUGUUUUGGUUAAUGAGAUGCGUUUAAUAGCACAGCGUUAUCAAUAUAAUUACGGUGAACCAAUACCACUUGAACAAUUGGUAUCUCAUUUGUGUGAUAUUAAGCAAGCUUACACACAAUAUGGUGGCAAACGUCCAUUCGGUGUGUCCAUUCUUUACAUGGGUUACGAUAAACGUCAUGAUUUUCAACUAUACCAAUCGGAUCCAAGCGGCAACUACAGUGGCUGGAAUGGAACCUGCAUUGGUAAAAGUUUUGGUGUAGCCAUGUCUAUGAUAAAAACGGAGCUAGCAAAUCGUUACGAUAAUUCUGAAAAUCCGCUUACAACGGAAGAGGCGAAAAAAAUUGCUAUUAAAGUCUUAGCCAAAAGCAUGGAAGGCAUUAAUGCAGAGAAGAUAGAAAUGGCAGUCACUACAUUGGGCAGUGAUUCACGUCCGGUAAUAAAAAUGGUACAGAAGGAAGAGAUUGAGCGAUUAAUAACCAAGCACAAUGAAGAAGAAGAAGAAAAGAAAGCAUCAACAUCGGGGGCGAGUGCCAAAUCAUAAAACCAACUUGAUUAACAUAAAUUAUUUUUUAUGGAAUAUAUUGCUAGAAUUCAUGAUUUGAGUACAUGUAAUAUAAAGCGCAUAACAUAA